UGAUGGGCUAGCCAAUGGGCGUGCUGUAGAGACGGUCUGAGCGUCUCUCGUGCUGGCUUUUCCCCAAGGGGUGGGGACCCUCCUCUGCAGCUUAGAGCCGUUUGCUGUCUGGGCCCCUCGCAACGCGUGUGGGGACUGGGGGCUGCGACGUGAUGAGCCGAGACUCCGCGAAGGGAGAGGGCAGGCUCUGGCCUCGGUCGCGGGGUGAGGCGGCAGCGGGUGCUGCGCACGGCGGCACGGGCCUGCCUGGUUGUUGCUGAGAGUUGGGGGAAAAUAACUCCCUAUCAAAGCUGUUUAAAUGAGAAUGUCCCUGGCGCAGAGAGUGCUGCUCACAUGGCUUUUCACAUUACUCUUCCUGAUCAUGUUGGUGUUAAAAUUGGAUGAGAAAGCACCAUGGAACUGGUUUCUUAUCUUUAUUCCAGUUUGGAUAUUUGAUACUAUCCUGCUCGUUAUGCUAAUUGUAAAAAUGGCUGGGCGAUGCAAGUCUGGUUAUGACCCUCGCAAUGGUUCUCAAAAUAUAAAGAAAAAGGCCUGGUACCUCAUCGCAAUGCUGCUUAAAUUAGCUUUCUGCCUUGCCCUCUGCGCUAAACUGCAACAAUUUACUGAAAUGAAACUAGUGUAUAUCUUUAUCCCCUUAUGGGCCUUACUCGUGGGGGGAAUGAUUGAACUUGGAUAUAACAUCUUCUAUGUACGAAGAGACUAAGUUGUAACAAAACUUUUUCAAGUUGACCAGUAUCAAAUUACUGGAUCAUCCUAUGUUAUGUGCAGUUUAAGCUUGUACCAGCAACUACGAAUGUCAUUCUGAAAAUUUUAUUUAAGACAGGCUGGUAUUAAAGUGGAUUUGUUCAGUUCUUAUUUUAGAACUGUCACAAAUAUCCUCAUGUAAAUAAAAUGUUUGACUUCA